AUGAUCCGGCCCCAACUCUGGACUUUGCUUUCGUCCCGACUAUCUCUCGAUGCCCUGAAACAUGUUGGCGGCGACUUGCGGCUUGAGACUCGAGGUGCCAUUUACUUCAACGGCAUCCUUGGCGUUGACAAGCGUCUGCGCAUGUACGUGGGACAGAGUGGCAAUCUGAGGCAGAGAGUGGCUCAGCAUUUGAACUUUAGAUAUCAAUGGCUGCCAGAUGACGAGCUCGUUGAUAAAGGGAGAAGGGCGGCAAAGGAGGGGGUGGUUGGGGGCUUGAAUGUUGCUACUCCGCUUGAUCAGGGUGUUGAAGUCAAGGAUAUGCCGUUUGUGGAUCUGAGCGGAGAAGUGGAUCCUGUUAUACGGGAUUAUCUCAGGGAAGUGAAGAGGAGAAAGGGCGACGUGCAACAAGUGGAGAAUGUGAAGAUCAAAGAUGGGACGGUGGAGGUGGACGAAGAAGAGAGGGCGCUGAGGAAGAAGAUCUAUGCGGAGAAGGCUAGGAGGUACAGUAAGAGGAGAGAUACUGAUAUUGUUAUUCCGCAGUGGGUCUUCCUUGGUGCUGUGGCAGUGGGUGUUGGAGUUUUAUUGUUCAGGAGUAGUGGAGGGCCGGGGAACAGCGCGCGGUGGAGGUAG